AAUAAUUCACAGAGUAAAUACAGCGAAACAACAAAGCGAACGCGCUGUUUUAUGUUUAAAGUACACUUAUUAAGGUAAAUAUUAAGGCUUUAACGUCCAGAUAAAGUUGGGCAGUCCAUGAGGGCGGGGCUUGUGGGGAAUCUCGCUCAGGUCACGUGUACAGCACCGUGUAGCCGUGAGCGUGUUGUGCGUGACGGGGACGAUCACUGAGUCUGACCGACGUUACGCGCCUAGAACACGGUAAGACGCCGCAGAACGAGCGCUGCACACUGUUAUAAUACAUUAUAACCUCCGGAUCUGAGGAAACCUGCAAACAUAGUCGCUGUUUAUCCGUCUCUGGGGAUUGAUUCCGCUCCGGAUGAAGUCACGGCCGUCGCGACACUCACGCUCAAACGGUGGAAGAGGAUGAAGGAUGAAGGUCGUAUGAGAGCGAUGGCCAAAUUUAAAAACAAAAGGAUGGAGAAGUCAAAGCCGGAGUCGGAGAGGGAUUCAGGUUUCUCAGACGGCAGCUCGGAGCAUCUGAGUGCGAUCGAUCAGACGGACACGGAGGACUCGUCCCUCUCCAGAUCGCAGGUGUCUCCGAUGGCAGCGGUGGUGGGCGGAGCUCUGCAGGGCCUCUCACCAAUGAUCAUCAUGAACAAUGUUGUUCUGAAACAGUCUGGAGAAAACGCUCCGUCUCUGAAACCCUGGGCCUUCAGUCCAGCGGUGGAGGUGGUUCAGCAGCCUCAGGUCGUCUUCCUUCAACCCGUCGUCCCACAGAGAAGCGCCUCCGUGCCGAAGGGACACACUUCGAAGCGCCGCCGGCACAAGAAGUACCUCCCUAUCCUCAAAUCUUACCCCAAAAUCGCUCCUCAUCCUGGAGACAAUCCGCUUAAGAGCAGCAGCAGCAGCUCCGCUUCCUCAGUCAAGAGUUCGUCUUCCUUUCACACAGAUUGCGGUCAGAGCUCGUCCUCGCCGUUACCCGGCUCUCUUCCAGCGUCUGCUCUUCCGCACGACGCAUCCGCCGAUUCGGAUACUACCAGCGUCGAACAGAGACCCGAAUCCCCGGACGGCCGCUCCAGUUGUAAUUCGCGUGGCAUUUCCGACACGGACAACAAGAUAAAGCGCUUCUGCAACACUUACAACAUUCUCAGCAAGUCGGGGUUGCUGGACAUCACGCUGCGCACGAAAGAGUUGAUUCGGCAGAACCGCCGGACGCAGACGGAGGUGGAGCGGCUGCGCGAACACACGAACAUGUUCAUGGAAGCGCUGCAGACGGGAGACUCGGGGAUCUGGAGCAAGCUGCAGAUGAGUAUGAACGAGGAAGACAAAGGGAAAGAGCGGACGCCACGUGAUGAGGAGAACCGGGACGUGACUCCUCUGAAGUGACGGCAUGUGCGUCGUACAUGCAACUGUAUCUUGAGGUCAAAACAAUGAUUACCGGUGUAGCUGUCCACUGUUAACAGACUAUAUGGAUGUGCGUUCACUUUCUGACAAGCUUCAGCCUUAAUCUAGUUCAGUGCAUAAGCUGUUUACUCUCACUUCCUGCUGUAGUUUUCACCUCUUUUGUUUCACAGUUUUAGAUGAAUGAAUUUGGACUGUGUCAGAAGGCCUCGUUUUGGGGAUCAUAGAAUGCUAAACGAAUGUGCAGAAGUGCAGAUCAAGUAUGUAGCUGGCAGCCGCUUCUCCUAGACUCUCACAGCAAUUAUGGUUAAUUAUGAAAAACGGAUCGUUACGGACUGUCUGUGAAAUGUGGGAUCAGCUGCAGCCCUUCCCAUCGUCUAACCCCAAUCCUCCCGAAAGAUUGUGUAGGAACUUUCGCUUAAAAAAACAAAAGUGAAUUCAGACUCACAAUAUCCAGCUCGUAUUUCACCGCAAAAUCAAGAGGAAAACAAAAAAAUAAUUUACAUUUGUCAUAAAGAAAAUGACGUCUGUUUUAGGAUCAUUAAGGCAAGACACUACAGGUGAAUACGGUCAAUGUUAACUGAUAUAAUUCACACUGAUUAAUCACAGUACAUUAAGACAAUUGUUUUGUAUUACAAGUUAGCAGUGCAUGAACAAACAACAGUUUCGCCUGUAGUGUCUUGAGUUUUGGUCACAUUGUGACAUUAUUUUAUUACUGUAUUCAAAAUACCAUUUUCUUUCUUUUGAUUUGAAGGUGAAAUAUGACCGGCUCGUGCUCUGUGGCAUAAAUACAUCUGUUUUUGAUAAGGAAUAUGAUGAAUUGUUUUUAUAUCCGUUGUUUUGUUCUGAUAGAUCAUCGAGCAGUGGCGUUUUAAAUGUGAUGUGAUCAUUUACUGAUCUGACACUACUUCAUGAGGAGCUUUGGACCAACUCAACCUGAAUGUGCAUUAGAGCUGCACGAUUAAUCGUUAAAGGAUCGCGAUCUCGAUUAAACGCACAUGUGGUCUUAUUCCUAAAUGACAGUGAUUCAGCACUAUGUCUAUUAAAGCUUUAACAAGUACGAUCAAACAUUUAGAUCUGUGUUCUGAUCCAGAGAGAGCCGUUGUCGUGAAGAAUAUGAAACAGCUUCACAGUCUUUUCAACCACACAGUAUCAUUAUUUCUGUCUUACAAUCAUUCAGAUGAUCACAGAAGUACUGAGAUAAAAGUUUAUAGUUCAGAUAUAAACACUGAUGUCUACAGUAGAGAUCAAAAUAGAGUAAAUCACCUUCCGAAAGUAACUUGAUGUUUAAAUAUUGUAUCAAUGACGUUGUUACACCAGUAGGUGGCGACAAGAGACUUAAAAAUGUAUUUGUCAUUGAAUCCCUCUAGUGGUACUUUGAAGUCUUACAGCGAUCAGUCUGCGCAGCACCGCUUAAAGUUGAUCACUCCUUUUAUGAGUGAGUCAUUGAAUCAUUCAUCCAAGAGAUGAAUUCAAAAACGCAGAUUCAUACAGUAAUGAAACAAGUGAAGUCAUUAGGCUUGUUCAAGAUGCAUCAGACCGUUCGGCUUAUGAAAUCAAAGUACCACGACGGCGAUUCAAAAGCAUAAGGAGUCGUAUGGUCUCCAAACGCUCUUGCGGUACUUUUGAUGUCAUACGCCGAUCGGUCUGCAUAGCGCCGAUGCAUCUUGAACAAGCCUUUUAUGAGUGAGUCAUUGAAUCAUUCAUCCAAGAGAUUCAUUCAAAAAUGUAGAUUCAUCCAGUAAUGAAACAAGUGAAGUCUUUAUGAGUGAGUCAUUGAAUCAUUCAUUCAAGAGAUUCAUUCAAAAAUGCUGAUUCAUCUAGUAAUCUUUAUGAGUGAGUCAUUGAAUCAUUCACUCAAGAGAUUCAUUCAAAAAUGCUGAUUCAUCCCGCAAUGAAACAAGUCUUUAUGAGUGAGUCAUUGAAUCAUUCACUCAAGAGAUUCAUUCAAAAAUGCUGAUUCAUCCAGCAAUGAAUCAAGUGAAGUCUUUGAGUGAGUCAUUAAAUCAUUCAUUCAAGAGAUUUGUUCAAAAAUGCUGAUUCAUCCAGCAAUGAAACAAGUCUUUAUGAGUGAGUCAUUGAAUCAUUCACUCAAGAGAUUCAUUCAAAAAUGCUGAUUCAUCCAGCAAUGAAACAAGUGAAGUCUUUAGGGGCUCGCACACCGGACGCAAAAUUCAGCGGUGCACAGCGCCGCGACACAUCUUUAAAAUUUGAACGCAUUGUUUUCUAUGAGUGUACGCAUACCGGCGGCGACAUUCGGCGCCUAUCCGCAGCACCCAGCUACGACUCGGAAAACAACGAGUUCGAAUUUUAAAGGCGUGUCGCGGCGCUGAGCUUCGCGUCCGGUGUGCGAGCCCCUUUUGAGUGAGUCAUUGAAUCAUUCAUUCCAGAGAUUUGUUCAAAAAUGCUGAUUCAUCCAGCAAUGAAACAAGUGAAGUUUUUACGAGUGAGUCAUUGAAUCACUCACUCAAGAGAUUAAUUCAAAAAUGCUGAUUCAUCCAGUAAUCUUUAUGAGUGAGUCAUUGAAUCAUUGAUUUAAAAAACGUAAGUCACCUGUUGUUUUGUUUAGUUGUCUGUUCAGAAUCGUGAUCUUUGUUAGAUCGUGUAUCCAGAAUCGUGCAGCUCUAAUAUGCGUGGAGUUUUCCGACAGGAGCACAGUGGCAAUCCUCUGAUACCGACGUGAUGAAUGAUCAUAUUCUCAUUAUCAUCUUGCCUUACUUCAUGAAGUUUCAGUGGCAGCUAACACAUUACCACAAGUUCAUCCAAUCAUGGCUUUACUUCCUUGUUUGGCAUGUGUAGAAUAUGGAUCAUUUCAGCGGAAGCACAGAAAGGGUUGCUCAUGUGUUGGUGUUUCCUGACUCUAAUUGCCUUGCUUUAAUGGCAGUCUAAGCUUUUUUAAACAUACAGAAAACAUUUUGUAGGCCAGCAGUUUUGAUAAAGCUUUAUACAUGUUUUGCUGUGUGUAAGAAACCAGAGCGCAUUCAACAUCAUGAAAUGCAUUUUUGAUUACUCCAAUCUGCUACAGCCGUUUCAGUGACUUUGGAAACAUUGCGUUUGUGUUUUGUUGCUCUUAUUACUGAUUAUUUGUUGUUCCUGUAUUUUGUAAGUAAAAUAAUAAUAUGCCAUUUUGUGUAUGAAGAUGUAGUUUUGUUAUUUUCCUUUGCUGUUAGGUAAUCCUUCCGGAUAGACGUGUUGUGUGCAGUAGAGCAGAACUGUGAAGGGUUGUUGUGUUGUUAUAACAGCUCAAUCUGGUGCUUUUACAUUAAUAGAGCAUUAGAUACACUUACAAACGUAUGGCCUGAUCUACAUAAUCGCUCUGGAAAUUCAUAAAGAAACGUGCAAAACCAAAACUGUGGCCAAAUGUUCGCAUUACUCAUUUACUGAUUCUUUGGGGGGUUUGUUAGUCUUUUUUAUUAUUUCACACUUUAAAACAUGGAUUACUGAAUACUACACUGUCAAACAUUUUCAUGUCAUAAAGUUAUUAAAAUAAUUUCAAAUGUCAAA